CGUAUAUACAUAUGUUAUUAUGUGAUUUUUAGUUCAUUUUGAUCGCCCCAAACUGUCACUGUUAGUCUGACUCGACUGGAGACGGUAUACGCAUGUUGGUCGCCUUCAGCUGCAGGCAAUGAUUGCAAAUGGACGAGAUAUCAUCUUAUCUUUGAUUGAGGUUUAUGAUUCUGCUGCGUGCGGCCAAUGCAUAUGUUAAAAUUCUUCGAAAGACGCUCUUUGCCAGGAGUGACUUUUAAUACCGGCGUAAAUUGCGAACUUCAUUUCAUCUUGUUGGAUAGGCAAACAAGUUGAUGGAUCUUUUCUCCUUCUUAAUAAAAGCUUGUGAGUUACUUAUAAAUUUAUGUAUUUCUGUUUUGCAUGCCGGCUUUUAGCAGCUGGCGCUGAAUUAUAAAGAGUGCAUGUUAUAGCUUAGUUUCUUUGGAAAGAAUAGCGAAAUAAAAUAGAGCGUGAAUACUUCCAUUUUUACUGCAAGUAAGUUGAUAGAUGCACAACGACAUUGUUAUAAAAGCUAUUAUAGCAUUUAUUUGUGAAAUAUUUCGAAAUAUAAAAUGACUCGAGACGGUUGAGAGCUAUACUAGGCUACCGCUUGGCAGUUUUAGCGAAAGGUAUUGAUUUCAGUAAUAUAGUUUUCACUGCAGUUACCAGGCAGUAGAUCUGUGUAUAUAUAGACUACAUAUUUUUGUUUUACUGUUUUCUUAAAUUACAAAGCUAAAUAUUGUCGGAUCAAAAAGGCUUACAUGUACACUUGAUAUAAAACUGAUUCAAUAAUUUCAUAUAUAUCAUGUAUUUUUAUUGUGAGAAUUUCGGUUCGCUUUAAAAUUAAUCACAGAUUGUAUAACUUGCGAUGUACUACUUCAUGGCACUAUGUAGAAAUAUAUAUAUUCGCACCAGCGCAAUGAAAUAUUCAAUUUGGCAAAAACAGUUAAUGUGAGCAUAAUUAUGUUGUAGCUGCAUUUUAAAUCAUUAGUACAUUAGUACAAUCAUUAGUACAAGGUUGUGACUGCGUGCAUUUAUCGAUGUUCCUAUAAUCUGAAAAUUGCUAACGGUCGUUAAAAUUUAUAUGUUUGUGAUACACUUAUAACUAUCUCUUGUAUACGUGUAAAAUAUGAUUUUAUUUUGUCAAUUUAGAUAUUAAUUUUUAUAUACUUCUAAUGACACUGAUAUUUCAUGGAAUCAAUAUUGCUAGAUUAUUUAUGGUGUCCAAAUAGGUAUAUGACAUAUAAAAUUGUAUUCAAAGUCUUAAGGUUUUAAUAUAUAUUUAAUAUAACACAUGCAGUUAAAUUUAUACGUGGUGUUUCCACAAACAAAAAGUAGUAUAUGUUUUAUCGACAUGCAAUCCUACACAAAGAACUUAUAUGCAAUUGUAUUAUAUUCCUCAUGGGCUUGUUAAGGAGAACAUUAAUUUAUUUAUGUGAUGUACUAACCCGAGAUGCAAGAUACGUUCAGUCAUUAUAUACCUUUUUUUACGAAUUGACACGUGUAUAGACAUGAAAACAAACAUUUCUUACCAUUGUCAGUACCGUCUGUUAUCUUUCAUUCAUGCAUGCAUGCAUGCAUGCUCAACAACAUUAAUGUUCCUAUUUAGACCGGUGGUAUUUUUCUACACAAAUCUUGUAUAUAUGUUGUUUCCUUUGGCGUUUGUCGAGAAAAACUGUUAUCGUACGUCUGCACCAGUGUAGCUGGUGCCAGUAAUAACAAAACUUCGGUUGAUAGUGAUGCAACUACCUGAAAAACAUGCACAUGCAAUGAGGACUAAGAUGUUUCGAGCGAUGCCCCUUCGUCGCGAAGUUGUAUAACUGGAAAGUUAGUGGUACUAACUUUCCGACGAAAGGCCUUCGCUCGAAACGUCGAUGUUCUCCUUGUAUUUUUCAGGUAUUUUCGACCGAAGUUUUGUUAUCGUACGUAACGUCCCUGUCAACGAGGAUGAGAUUUGAUGGAAAUUGGCAGGCACGAUCUAUAUAUACAUAUAUAUAUAUAUAUAUAUAUAUAUAUAUAUAUAUAUAUAUAUAUAUAUAUAUAUAUAUAUAUAUAUAUAUAUAUAUAUAUAUAUAUAUAUAUAUAUAUAUAUAUAUAUAUAUAUAUAUAUAUACUUAAGUAGAAAAUACAUUAUAGUGUUGGAAAAGUAUUAAGUACAGCUAACCAAGGUCGAAUGACUGCCCUCUUGCAUGCAUUCCCAUUCUCGUUUGAUCCGGGCUUAAAUUGCAUGUGUGCUCAAACGCGUAUAUACACUCGGCAAAACAACUAGUAUUAACAUACUUCUUUGUUAAAGUGCAUACUGUCAGAUUUAAAUCUUCGUUAAUAUAUGGGCAACGUCUAAAGCAUGUGGUUGAUAAUCAACGUACUUCAAGAGGAUCUCAAGAGUUUCCAAUAAGCCAGUUGAUAAUCAACCUCGGUUGAAUAUUUGAAACCUUGAACUCUAAACCUUAAACUCUAAGCGCGCAAAGUUUAAUGGGAACACAAGUUUCAAGCUUAGAGUUGAAUAUCGCAGCUAUUUGUAAAUGAAUUGUUCUCGUAAGGAGAUGUUUACCAUGUCUUUAAGAAAUGGGCCCCAUAUAUAGAUUCUAAACUGAUUAAAUGAUGCUCCCAUUAUGCUUUGUACGCUUAGAGUUUGAGGUUUGCAAAGGACAACUUUUUUUAAUUAGCUGUAGGCCUAUACAGGGUGUGUCAAAUAAACGGCAUCCUCGAUUCAAAGGUAGAUUUUGAAAAGAAUAAUACAGCCAUGAAUAAUACAGCCAAUAAUAACACAGUACAUUAAAUUUUAAAGCUUUGUCAUUCAGCUUUUCAAUGGUAGUCGACGUUUGAAAUUUGAGGGGUUGGUUCGCGAAAAAUAUUUAACCGUGAUGCAUGCUUGCAGUCUUUUCGCAUUCUGCGCGAUUCGAUGGCGUGGGUGCCGAUUAUUUCAAGAUUGUUUUAUGAUUAUUUUUGACGGAAGAAUUCAGGAGCAGGAGAUAAAUAAACAAUUGAAUAUCUUUUAAAAUGUUUUUACAUGCAUAUUUUAGUCAUUUCUUCCUUAUCUCGUGCAGCAAAAACAGUAAUGUUAAACUUUAAAAUAACAUACUUAUAAAUGAGGAUUACUAUUCAGAAAAUUAUUAAGCUAAAAGAUGAGCUCCAUUUUUAUACGGUAAACCUUUCUUGUAUACUUCGGACUUACAUGCAGUGUUAUAAUUUUAAAAAAGCCCGUUUAAUCCCGCGAAUUGACCUUCUGCCUAAUAGACGUAUCUACAUGUUCGUGGUGUAUUUAACUUCCUAUCAAAAUUAAUUGUUUCCUCUAUAAUCGUUUCCCCCUAAAUAUUUAUAUUUCCUAUUAUGUGCUCUGUCUCUGAAUACGUAGUUUUUUUUCUGUUGCAGUGCUUGUUCGCCAUGGCAAAGUGGACAGAUAGAUAACGAAAAGAAGGAUUCUGGUGGUAAGCCUUUUGUCUUAUUUUUUCCGUCACUUUACAUUUGAGACAAAAUGUAAAACAGAUCUUGAUGCUGCGCUACUAUAGGCUACCGGCCCACUCUCUGAAAAUUGCACUCUGAUGGCAUGCAUGUACGUUGGCACUUGGCAUAAGAGCCAAAAAUUUGAGAAUGUUAAACUUUUGCCUGAUAAAUGUAAUACUAUAUGUUAAUGUCAUUGACUGAAAAUGCAAAAUGGAGGAUAAAAUAAAUUACUCCAAACCAUAGAUAUAGGAGAUCUAGAUUGCUAACGCAUACCUAGCGCAGGCGGGGCCUACAUGAUAAAUCCAAGAUGGCGGUACAACAGGGCAAAAAGACUAUAGAUUCUAUUACGAAAAUCAGGAUUUUUGCAUAUUUUGCCGUCGCAUUGUUUCGAAACUUAUUCGGUCAAAUUUUAUGGUAAAGAGAAACUUUACGCGAAGAUUUUGAGCAUAUAUAUGAUUGAAUUGGAUGAAAAAUCGCAAAAUUAUCCAGUGAUAAAAGUUCGUGUGAAAUGGUCAGUUGGAGCGUUUUAUUGCCAGAAAUAUGUGCGAUGUUAACAUCUAGCCUUGUGAAUGGUGUUUUAUACUUGCAUCUCUCAUUAUCAUCUGCUCUAUUCUCAUAAUUAUGAAUCUGCUCUAUUCUCAUAAUUGUUAGAGAAGUAAACUGAUGAGAGCACUGGAUGAGGGUCUAUGGUCUGUUAUAAUUUGCUUUUUAUGCAAAUAGUGAACAAAAAUUAAAGCAAAACUGUACAAGUUACAUAUAUAGUACUAUAUCAGUACUAUACACGAACUUUUAUCGAUGGAUAAUUUUGCGAGUUUUCAUCCAAUUCAAUCAUAUAUGCUCAAAAUCUUCGCGGUAAGUUUCUCUUUACCAUAAAAUUUGACUGAAUAAGUUUCAAAACAAUGCGACGGAAAAAAAUGCAAAAAUCCUGAUUUUCGUAAUAGAAUCUAUAGUCUUUUUGCCCUGUUGUACCGCCAUCUUGGAUUUAUCAUGUAGGCCCCUCCUGCGCUAGGUAUGCGUUAGCAAUCUAGAUCUCCUAUAUCUAUGCUCCAAACAGAGGAUAAAAUAAAUUUAACUUGAGCCUUUUCACAUAAAUAAACUAUAUCAUUAGAAAGUUCGCAAAAAAAGUAUGACAUUUAUGACAAGUAUAUGACAUGCAAGCAUGCAGUGGAAAUUCUCAAGCCGGUUUUGAAUUAGAGGAGCUUGGCAAAAUAUAGUAACUAUUCCAGAAAACCAUGCUACUCGCUUAAAAGUCUUAAUUAUAUUGACUUUUUUGCGAACUUUCUAAUGGUAGUCUAUAGUUUAUUUUCGUUAAAAGUGAACUUGAAAUUUUGCAUAUAGACAGCACUUAAUAGGCAGAAUUUUAUAAUUCUCAAAUUUUCGGCUAUUGAGCCUAUAUAUGCAGUAUAUAGUUGCCAACGUAUAUAUUCUUCUUCAUUAAUGCAUAUACUCUAAGAAAAUGCCAGUUUGGCAUCUUGUAACAAAGGCCAUCAAUUAAACAAAUCGUGUGCACUUUUUCAGGUUUUGGCCGGCCGACUAUUAUACAUGUGAGGAUAUUUGACGUAAAAUGUGUGGCCAUGCAAAACAAUGAGCAAUAUGUAUAUUGAUCAUGAAAACAAAUCAGUUAACAUUCAAACGUAGGAACACGUGGUUUUGUUUUGAGUCUUAAGUGAUUUUAAAGAUAAAUGGAGGAUAAAAUAAAUUAAACUUGAGUCUUUUGUGACGCAGCGUUUUUUAAACCACGAAGGAAAGCCAAUAUCAUUAUCACUUUAUCACGCUAUUUUAGUGGCAUAACUCUUACGAACCUCAAAUAUAUAUAACAUAAAUUUCCUGAAGCUAUACAAUAAUAUAUAAAGCAAUGAGAUAUGUAACAUAAAUUUCCUCAAGAAUUUGGUGUACAGAUUAAAAUGAACGAAUUUGAAGAAACCUGUAUAGUAUUCAAAUAAUGAAAAUACGUAGGAAUUAAGGACACGACUUUGGAUUAAGUUUGAUAUUGCGAAAAUCUAGCUUCGUCACGCAUAUGCUGUUUAAGUAAAAUAAGCCGCCGUCUGCUUUGCAGGGCUGAUCACACUUAUACCAAGAUCCUUGAUUUUUCUGUUAUUACUAAACACUCAUUAAUGUUUAUUUAAGAUACGUACGUAGAAAUGGGCAAUUUGUCGUGUGUGAAAUCAUCAGAGGCAAAAUCACAGCUGGAGACUCGAGAGGAUGGGAAAAGAUUUCAAUUACAAUCUGAUAGUAAGAAGUCAGUGAGGAGUCGAGGACUCUCUCCUAUUCCUAAAAUUGUUCUAGAUCCUGGCUCGAGCAUCCACAGUAUACCAGACUGGUAAGUGUUACAAUAAUACGUAACAUUUUCAUAUACAUGCUGCACAAGCGAAACUGAGAAUUUUCACUAAUUAUAUCUUUGCAACUUAACGUUUAUUAAUUGCGCCGUUUGUUGUCAGUGUUAAGCACGGAGUAAAUUACGUAAUUAGCGCAAAAUAUGUUAAAUGUCUUGCAAAACGAUUUUCCGGCAUCUGUAGACUUCCAGAAUAUCCUAAAAACAGUUCAAAGACACUACCCCUGAUAAGCAUUGUUCAGCGAAGCUUUUUUGCUUGAUGCUUUUACUUUUCAUUAAAUUAAGUUUGCCAGUAUGGUACUCACCUACAAUAAUACAGAAGAGUAUAUAUAUCUCACCCUAUUAUCCUAUUUUAGUGAACAAGGUGGUGUCAAUGUAUUGGAAGAUGAAAUGAAAGAAAACUUGAAGGAGGAUAUGGGAGAUCCACCAAGCGAAGACGAUAAACAAGUUAAGGUAACUAGUUCAACCGAGAUACGAGAAUUGUACGCCAUUACACCUUCAGCCACUUUUACUGAUUCAAGUGAAGAUGAUGGUGAAUGUGAGGAGACCAGUCCUUUGGUGAGAAACGGAUCUACGUCCUCUACAGAACAACCAGAACCCACUUCAUUGAAGCAGACAUCAUGCGAAACCCGUCCUCUUCUCUCGAGACAAAUUGAGAUUGAUCACAGUAGCCAAUCCAGCAAAGAUACUAAUGUCAACUCCUUCAAUCAAGAGGAAAGCGUGGAGAAAAGUGCAGAGGAGAGCCCUCCUGUAAAGGUACCAACCACCCUCAAUCUUUUAGAAAACGAUGAUGAAUUGGAGUCUCAAAGAGUAAUGCCCAUCCUGUUCACUUUAUCUCCAACAAAGAAAGGAAAAAAUCAAGUUGUGUCGGUCGUCGCCACUCGGGACCUAUCCGCAGCUUUUUCUCGACCUCCAAGCAUACCAAACUCGCCGUGUACGCGUAAACCUAAGAGUCCCCGAAGCCCUAAGAGCCCAAAGUCGUUCCGUGGCGUCUUCGGUUGUCGCAACGCUUCCGAAAAAGAUAAAAAUGUCUCCAACUUAAAUACGAAAACUUUGAAUGGGAACAUAUCAAUACCCAAUACUGCCAUUGAAGACAGUAUUGACGAUAGAGUUAAUGAAAACACUUUCAGUGAAGGUUCCAAUAGUAGCAACGUUUCUGCACAGAAUGUUGAUGUUCUAACAAUUGGUGAUACGCAAACGAACUGUGAAGAAAUUACCAACGAAUGUCAUGCAAAAUCGGAUUAUGUGUGUGAAGGGAACAGUAAAGACACUUCCAGUUGCACAGAAAACCAGAACGAACCAUGUAAUGCCAGUAAACCUGAUGACUUAAUUCCAACUGAUGAAACUGAUAAACCAAAAUCUUCGUUGGCAGAGGAUGCACUGAUUGUUUUCCACUCAGAACCUCUUCCUCCUCGCGUUCCAGUGUUAUCACACCGGACCUCGCAACAAGAUAGUUUAAGUGAGAAAGGUUCAAAUACUAACGACUCAUUUGAAGAGUCAACAAACAAUAGUGACAAAGGCUAUGAAUCCGUGGAUAACUCCCCGUGUGUUGAGACUGAAGAGAAUAUUUGCCGUUCGUUGAACACCAAUGGUGCGGUGCCAUCAAACGGGAUUCCCAAAUUGGCUCAAAACGGAAUAUCGGAAAAGGUACCAUCGAAUGGACUAGAUGAUAUUAACGUAAUUUCUAAUGAGCCGAAACGUUCUGUUUGGGUACCGCUCAUAGACUCUGGGGCACCCCUGGCACGAAAAAAGGUGACUACGAUUACUGCUAGUCAACCAGAUUGUAACUUGUUUAGUCAAACAGCUGUGUAACACAGGAAACAGUUGUUAAAUUACUCAGUUUCUGGAAAUGCCAGCGCAUUCUCAACUAGAUGAUAUUAUGGCCGUACAAUGCUUAGUUUGCUCAAAAAUCAUAUUCAUUGAUAUUGUAUAAUAGAUCAUUGACUUUGUAGUGCUGAAUAUGUGUGUUCCUAGAUUGCACUAUAGACUUAUAAAUUGAGAGAAAUCGUAAUUUGAGGACGAUUAGAGAAGAUGAUAUUCUAAAUAAUUCCAAAUGUUAUAUAAUUUGUAUAAGCUAUAUUGUAUAGCAGAUGAAGUAGAUAUAGUGGCUAUAUAACAAAAUUAUUAAUCAAGCGUAACUCAUGACAAUGCUUAGACCAAUAAAAGUUCAGUCAAUUAUUUGAAACAAUGCCACAAGAACAUUGUAACACGCUUGGUCUACGUAUUUUGAAUAGUUUAAGCAGUCGUUGAGGAUUUUGACAUUCGUUUGUGAGAAAGUGACGCUUUGUAAAAUUAAUACCCAAAAUAUAUUCAAAUCUAAAUUCUAGAAAGCACAACUUUCAUACUGUACCUAGGAGUUCUGUAGGGACUAGCUAACAGUCGUGGGUCGUGGGUAGAAUGUCGUGGGUCGUGGGUAGAAUGUCGUGGGUCGUGGGUAAAAAGUCGUGGGUCGUGGGUAAAAAGUCGUAGGUCGUGGGUAAAAAGGCGUGGGUCGUGGGUAAAAAGGCGUGGGUCGUGGGUAAAAAGGCGUGGGUCGUGGGUAAAAAGGCGUGGGUCGUGGGUAAAUAGGCGUGGGUCGUGGGUAAAAAGGCGUGGGUCGUGGGUAAAAAGGCGUGGGUCGUGGGUAAAAAGGCGUGGGUCGUGGGUAAAAAGGCGUGGGUCGUGGGUAAAAAGGCGUGGGUCGUGGGUAAAAAGGCGUGGGUCGUGGGUAAAAAGGCGUGGGUCGUGGGUAAAAAAUCGUGGGUCCCGAAUAAAAAGUCGUGGAUUCCAAGCAAAAUAUUUCCAUAUAUUUACCUUUCUCCCUUUGGAAUGCGUGUUUUU